AAACCGCUCUUCGGUACUUGUUCCAGGUUCUUCUGUCCACCUGCGUGCCGACAAUGAAACUCGCCACUGCUGCCGCCCUCUCUGCUCGCCCGGUGGCCUGCAACGCUGGCCGUGUGUCGGCUCGGGCAUCAUGUACGUCCAUGGCUGAAGGGCGCUGGCGUCCAAUGCGCGCGGGGCGCAUGGGCGGCCCCAGGAGGCCCGAAGGCAUGCACGGCAACUGCACCUCCGAGGGGCUCAGGAACUCCUGGGCCGGCUUGGAGUCGCUGGCGCGCGAGCUGGAGGAGGGCUCCACUGGCCUGCUCGACCCCUCGCUGUUCACUGGGCCGCGCCGCGCCGGCGCCUGGCGCCGUGCCCCCACCCGCCCCCUCCCCUUUGACGUCAUUGAGCAGGCCGACAGGGUGCUGCUGAUGUUCGACCUGCCGGGCAUCGCCCGCAACGACGUCAAGAUCAAGGUGUCCCAGGAGGGAAUCCUCACCAUCUCAGUCAGCCGCCCCGCGCCGCAGAGCACCCCUCCCGCCGGCCGCAGCGAUGGCGACGCCCCUGCCGGCGCCGGCGCCGCCGCGGAGGAGGCCGAGGGCGCCGCCGCAGAGGCCCAGCCGGAGCCUGUCGUCGAGGCCGAGGCUGCUGCCGAGGAGGAGAAGGAGGAGAAGGCGGCGGAGCCGCAGCAGACCGUGGUCCGCCUGGAGCGCCCCUAUGGCAGCUUCAGCCGCUCCAUCCGCCUGCCCAAGGGCGUCGACGCCGACGGCAUUGCCGCCAAGAUGGCAGACGGCGUGCUGACCCUGACCAUCCCCAAGGCCGCCAGGCAGCAGCCGCCCAGCGUCAGCAUCAGCGUGGACCAUGCGGCAGCGGCAGCAGUAGACGUGCUGCCAGCAGCGAUACGGCCAGAGCUGGCGCCAGACCAAGCGCUGUACGAUGCUGCCGAUCCACAGCUGCGCGCGGCGGCGCGGCUGCUGCAGCAGGCGCUGAAUGCCGGGGAUGUGUGGGAGGAGGAGGCGCGGUGGACCCGCAUCAUCGAAGAGUACGGCGGCCUGGAUGCCAACUGGGUGCCAGACCUGGUGGGACGGGCCUGGGGCAACAGGGGCAACGCCCGCAGCCGGCAGGGCAGGCUGCGGGAGGCUCUGGCCGACUACAACCGCAGCAUCGCCAUCUGCCCUUGGAGCGCCGACCCCGUGCUCAACAGGGGGGUGGUGCUCGAGGCGCUGGGCCGGUUUGAGGAGGCCAAGCGGGACUAUCAGGCGGUACUGGCGGUGGCGCCGGACGACCCUGCCGCCUGGAACAACCUGGGCAAUGCGUGCACGGGCACCGGCGACUGGGGCGAAGCUGCAGAGUACUACGGGCGCGCGGCGCAGCUGGCUCCGGCCUUCUCCUUUGCGCUGGCCAACCGCGCGCUGGCGCUGUACCAGCUGGGGCAGGACAACCGGGCCAUCAAGGAGAUGAGGAGCCUGCUGCGCAAGUAUCCCGAUUUCCCAGACAUGCGGGCGGGGCUGGCAGCGGCGCUGUGGGAGGCUGGCCUGGAGGCGGAGGCGGAGGCGGAGUGGCAGCGCGUGGGCGACCCGCGGUACCGAGACCCCGCCUGGCUGCGCGGCGAGCGGCGCUGGCCGCCGCGGCUGGCCGAGGCGCUGCAGGCGCUGAUCGAGAUACGCGGCGUGGCGGCGGCGGCCGGCGGCACCACAUGCGCAUCUGGGGCUGCGCGGAGAGGCGCCAGCUGCUGA